UAACUGGGCAGUCUCAUCGGAAAGGGUGGGCUUAGCUGUUUAUAUAACUCGGGCUAACUUUUGCUCGAAAAAUCUUCAGCAUCCACGACAAAUCAAUUUUCUCAAGAGUGUCCCGUUUUUUUUUUAAUUAUGAAGAUUCGAAGGAUAACGUUUUGGUUCGGGCUUUUAUGCUUGUGCGCAUUUUCCCCGUUACACUGCGAGCCAAAGGGAGCAAUACCUGAGGGAAAUCUCCUUGUAUUAACUGUAGCUACAAAAGAAACAGAUGGAUUUAAGCGAUUCAUGAGAUCUGCAAAGCAAUUUAAUUACACAAUAAAGGUUCUUGGGAGGGGUGAGAAAUGGACGGGUGGAGAUUACAUGUCUGCACCAGGUGGAGGACAGAAAGUACGACUUUUAAAGGCUGCUUUAGACAGCAUAAAGGAGGAGGACAAAGUCAUUCUUUUUGUAGACAGCUAUGACGUUAUAUUCUCUUCGGGCCCUAAAGAAUUGCUGAAGAAGUUCCAGCAGGCCAGGCACAAGGUGGUCUUUUCCGCCGAGACCCUUAUCUGGCCCGAUCGUCAUCUGGAGGAUAAGCACCCACAUGUCCGAGAAGGGAAGCGGUUUCUCGGGGCAGGAGGCUUUAUCGGCUAUGCCCUGAACCUUAAACAGAUGGUCUCUGAUUGGUCAGGACAAGAUGAUGACAGUGAUCAGCUCUUUUAUACCAAGAUCUACAUCAACCAAGAAAAGAGGAAAUCCAUAAAUAUAACCCUUGACAGCAAGUGCAGAAUGUUUCAGAACCUGCAUGGAGCUCUAGAUGAAGUGGUACUGAAGUUUGAGAAUGCAAGAGUACGGGCCAGAAAUGUGCUCUAUGACACCCUACCUGUUAUUGUCCAUGGAAAUGGGCCUACAAAGCUUCAGAUAAAUUACCUUGGCAACUACAUCCCAAAAGUGUGGACCUUCGAGACUGGCUGUACGGUUUGCCAGGAGGACCUGCGGCCUCUUUCAGCAAUCAAGGAGAGCGAGUAUCCAGGAGUGGUCAUAGGCAUUUUUAUUGAGCAGCCCACCCCCUUCGUAACGGUCUUCUUUGAGCGCCUUCUCCGUCUCCAGUACCCCAAAGAUCGCCUUAAACUCUUCAUUUACAAUCAGGAGCCCUAUCAUGAAAAGCAGGUCCACGCUUUUCUACAAAAUCAUGAAGCAGAGUACCAGGCUGUGAAGCUGAUCGGGCCCCAUGAGGGAGUUGACCACAUUAGCUCACGCAAUAUCGGCUUUGAUAUGUGUCGAGAUGAUGCAGACUGCGAGUACUUCUUCAGUAUGGAUGCUGAUGUGGUUUUGAAGAAUGAAGACACACUGAAGAUACUAAUUGAGUUAAAUAAGCCGUUCAUAACACCGAUGAUGAGCAAGCCUGGCCGGCUGUGGUCUAAUUUCUGGGGCGCACUUAGUGCUGAUGGCUACUACGCCAGGUCUGAGGACUAUGUGGAUAUUGUUCAGGGGCGCAGAGUGGGUAUCUGGAACGUUCCAUAUGUGUCUCAGGUGUACCUGGUGAGAGCUGACGUUCUGAGGAACGAACUAAAGGCUUCUGAUCUCUUUCAGUCAGCCACCCUUGACCCAGAUAUGGCUUUCUGCUCCAGAGUGCGGGACCAGGGAGUGUUCAUGUUCGUAACAAACAUGUAUACUUAUGGCCGAAUCCUGAAUACAGAACACUACCAGACGGAUCACCUUCACAACGAUCUCUGGCAGAUUUUUGAAAACCCAGUGGACUGGGAAGAGCGAUACAUCCAUACAAAUUACUCAAGAAUUAUGAAAGAGGAUAUAGUGCAAACGCCAUGCCCUGAUGUGUUCUCGUUUCCUAUUUUCACCGAUGUGGCCUGUGAACACAUGAUCGAAGAAAUGGAAAAUUUCGGCCAGUGGUCAGGAGGUGGCAAUGUGGACACUCGAAUCCAGGGUGGCUACGAGAACGUUCCCACUAUCGAUAUUCAUAUGAAUCAGAUCAACUUUGAUAAAGAGUGGCACAAGUUCCUCUUGGAUUAUAUUGCACCAGUGACGGAGAAAAUGUUUCCUGGGUAUUACACAAAGGCUCAGUUUGACUUGGCGUUUGUGGUUCGGUAUAAACCUGACGAACAGCCCGCGUUAAGGCCCCAUCAUGACGCUUCAACAUUUACUAUAAAUAUUGCCCUCAAUCAAGUGGGCGUUGAUUUUCAGGGCGGUGGCUCCCACUUCCUUAGGUACAACUGCUCCGUUCAGGAUUCAAAGAGAGGCUGGGCCCUUAUGCACCCGGGCCGUUUAACACACUACCACGAGGGCCUGCGCACCACGAGCGGUGUCCGAUACAUCUCCGUCUCAUUUGUGGACCCUUAAGUCUAACAUCUUCAGAGGAAAUCCAUUGUUGUAUUCAAUUGUUUAGUCCUAGAUGUCCAUUGGGAGAGCUGAGGCAGGACUUUCAGAGAGACAAUCUGUUUAGCAAAGAGUUGGAAAUAAAUAAGACUGUACCUUUCAUUGGUGUGUAAAUGUAAUAAUGUACUUAUAAGACACAUCACUUGAAUGCAGUGGAGACCUGUACCUGUUUUUUUAUUUAUUGAUCAUUUUUAAGCAGUCACACCAUUCAUCUGGGAUUUUUCUUUAUUAUUUUUAUUUUUAUAAAGUUUGCCUUGGAUAACUUAAUAAUUCACCUGUUUGUUUUUUACUUGAUAAGGUUGCCCAGGCAAACAGUGCUACUGUUCCGAAAAUAACUGAUAUACAUUUUUUCUUCACUGCUCUUUUAAAUCUUCUUUGUCAUGUAUUUUUUUUUUAUUAAUACAUCAAUAAAAGUGACUGUUUCUUUAA